AUGUACUCCAACUUCUUCCAAGUAGAUGUCCAUGCUGCAGCUGUGAUUCUUCUGCUGUCACUACACUGCAUUACUGGGGCUUUAGCGCUUCAGACCAACAGCAACAGUAACGUCAAUAUGGCCCUUGUUUUGCAAGGUGGUCCGGAUGGGACUAAGGAAGGGACGAGUAACGCGAUGGCACUCCAGGGGGCUAAGGAGGCAUGUAUCGGGAACUUGCCUACGAAUGCAGGUUAUCAAUACAAAACCUGUACGUUGCACACGUUCACACCUGCGUCAGAGACGCUGCAAGCUUAUUCGAGCUUGAUUCCUCCCAAGGCGAAGGAGAAUGAUUUUAUGAUGGCUCUUGGGUAUUUCCCCUCAAAGGCCAUUCAAGCUGCAGCGAAUACAAAUGGCCAGAAGUUGUUUGCAAUCGCAGAUUUCGAGUUUACACCGCCAGUGGCGAACAUUGUGAGUGUGAUGUAUUCAGAGGAUCAGAUCGGUUAUUUGGCCGGUCUCUUGGCAGGUGAAGUAGCCAAGACACGGGGAGGAAAAGUCGCAGUCAUUGGAGGAAUAGACCAGCCUAGUGUGCGCCGCCAAGUGAACGGGUUCGGUAACGGCGUUAAGGCUUCGUGUUCAACCUGUCGUGCCUAUGGUAUCUAUGCAGGGACCUUUGAUGCAGAUCCAAAGACAUCGACCUCUGUGUCCCAGGCGUUCAAAUCGCGUAAAGUGAGUGUGGUGUUUAAUGCAGCCUCGAUUUUUGGAACCACGACGCUCAAGAAUCUGACAGUGCAGCAAGGGGUCUAUGGGAUCGGAUCUGGAUCGGAUGAAUGGGUUACGAACUGGGCGUAUGGGUCUGUCCCCGGUAGCGAGCAUAUCUUGACAUCGAUUCAGACUGAUUACAGGGUCCUUGUGCGAUCUGUGAUGCAGAGUGUGUUACGGGCCAACUUAACAGGUGGAUCGACGGUUUUCUUCGGUGUGAAUGCUGAUGCAGCGCAGAGUGCCAUUAAAUUGGCACCAGUGCAUGAGGCUUCGAAUGUGUUUACGAAGGAGCUACAAAACAAGAUGGAAGGGUACAUUGAAGACAUUACCAAGGGUAAACUCAAGACCGGAGUAGAUCAUAAGACGGGUGAAACCCCAACUAGCGUCGAGCUCCUAUCACUGACUGCUAAUGACUCCAAAGAAUCGAAUAAUGACGAGGAUAGGACCAAUUCUACAGUCGAAUUAACCUCGUCAUCGCACACUUCAUCAGCAUCGCUACUACUAUCGUUUGGCGAUCAGAGCCAGAAGAUGGUUUAUUUUACAGAGUUGUUAUUGAUUGUGUUUAUGGUUCAGAUGAUGAUGGUUUAA